CGCGAUUGCUGCGAUUUCGCGGUCUGGUCCUGGACACUUGGUUGAAAAUAUUCAACGGCAACGGAAUUGUACGUGUGUUAGUCGUUACGCUUGUAAUGCGGUGUUAGUACGUGAGAAAAGCGAAUUAUUAAAAUGAUCAGCCGCAGUUAGUCGGUCGGGGGAGGAGGGGACGAGAGUCGGGUCUCCCCCUGGACAGCGCCGGGAGGGCCAUGGCGCUGCAGUGGGAGAAACUGUCCCCGCAGGAGUUCCAGCAGCUGCAGGAUUUGGCCGCAUAUUCAACCAAAAAAUUACAAGAUGUCCUCGUGGAGUUCUGCGGCACCGGUCCCCCAUACAAACACAAUCCGGAUGGGGACAUCGACUACGAAGGCUUCUCCACGUUCCUGGACACGUUCCUGGAGGUCAGGACGCCGGAGGAGCUGUGCCGGCAUCUGUUCCUGUCGUUCGUGCGGAAGGGCGUCACAGUCGAGGGGAAGACCUUCAAGGAAAUGACGGUGCUCAGCUCGAACACCGCCUGUGCACCCAUUACGUCGCAUAAUAAGGGCUCGACGCCGAAUGUCAACUCGGUAGGGGAACCACUGGACAAGACGUUGUUGCUCGGCGAAAAACCGGCGACCUACGGUGAAAUACUGGUGGAGAAAAUCCACGGAAUCGGGGAAAAACUCCUGGGGCAUCACAGGUCUGACAGCGACUGUUCGACGAGGGGGAAAACUGGCACCGUACACCCGGUAUUAACGAUAACGCCCACGUCCUACUCCUGUCAGGAAGUCCUGGGAAAGAAAAGCACCGAUUCGUCUCCGUCGCACAGUCAGAUAUCGAGAAACUCCUCAAAAAAGUCCAAUAAUUCGCUCUUAGUUAAUAAUGGAAAACUUGAAGAAGUGAGACAUAUCGUGAGAAAAGCCAGUAUGCUGGACGUGAACGCCUUGAAGGUUUCAUUAAAGGACAUCGUUUGUUACUUAUCGCUUCUCGAAGCUGGACGUCCCGAAGACAAGCUGGAAUUCAUGUUCCGAUUGUACGACACCGACGGCAACGGCGUCCUGGACACCAACGAGAUGGACUGCAUCGUCAAUCAGAUGAUGACGGUGGCCGAGUAUCUCGGAUGGGACGUCACCGAAUUGAAACCGAUCCUGCAGGACAUGAUGGUUGAGAUAGAUUACGACGCAGACGGCACGGUUUCCUUGGAGGAGUGGAAACGGGGAGGUCUGACCACUAUACCUCUGCUGGUCCUCCUCGGCUUGGACUCGAACGUCAAGGAAGACGGCAACCAUUUGUGGAGGCUGAAGCACUUCAGCCGUCCCGCCUACUGCAACCUCUGUCUCAACAUGCUCGUAGGUCUGGGCAAGAAAGGAUUGUGCUGCACCUUUUGUAAGUACACGGUGCACGAACGGUGCGUCGGCAGGGCCCCGGCCAGCUGCAUAGCCACGUACGUGAAGAGUAAAAAGUCGUCGCAGACCCUCCAACAUCACUGGGUCGAGGGAAACUGUCAGGGUAAAUGCGCGAGGUGUCGAAAACCGGUGAAGGCCGGAAUCACCGGUUUGCACUGUCGGUGGUGUCAGAUUACGCUCCACAACAAAUGCGUGGCCCAGGUGAAAGCGGAGUGCGGCUUGGGCGAGCACGCCGUCCACAUCCUGCCGCCAACGUCCAUUUGCCCCAUCGUCUUGGACAGGCAGAGGUCACUGCAGAAACGGGGCUCCAAAUACGGAUACGACAACGGUAAUUUCAGCAGCGUGCACCACCAACACAAACAGCCGGCGAUGUCGUUCCAGAUUACGACAUCCCCGACCUCGGUCCCCCUGUUGGUGUUCAUUAAUCCAAAAUCCGGGGGCCGACAGGGCUCCCGCAUCCUGCGCAAGUUCCAGUACAUCCUGAACCCGCGUCAGGUCCACAUUUUGGGCACGAGCACCCAAGGGCCGCUCCAAGGUCUGAACAUGUUCAAAGACGUGCCCAAUUUCAAGGUGGUGUGCUGCGGUGGCGACGGCACCGUGGGUUGGGUGUUGGAUUCCAUGGAUAAAGUGGAAUUGGACUGUCAGCCGGCGGUGGCGGUGAUCCCGUUGGGCACGGGUAACGACUUGGCGAGAUGUCUGAGAUGGGGUGGCGGCUAUGAGGGCGAAUCGAUUCACAAACUGUUGCACAAAGUAGCCAGAGCUUCGACGGUCAUGCUGGACAGAUGGCUGAUAGAACUGUCCGAUACAGCGCCGCCUGAUCCGGAUCAGAAAUUCGCCGACACUCGCAUACCGUACAACAUCAUCAACAAUUAUUUCAGCAUCGGAGUUGACGCCGCGAUCUGCGUAAAAUUUCACAUUGAAAGGGAAAAGAACCCUGAGAAGUUCAGUAGUCGCAUGAAAAAUAAGUUGUGGUACUUUGAGUACGCCACAUCGGAACAGUUUUCAGCUUCCUGUAAAAAUCUACAUGAAGACAUUGAAAUAGAGUGUGACGAUGUCAGCUUAGAUUUGGCAAACGGUGCACCAUUGCAAGGAAUCGCUUUAUUAAACAUACCGUACACUCACGGCGGUUCGAACUUGUGGGGCGAGCAUCUUUCCAGCGUAAGGCGGAGGAGUAGGAAGAAGAAGAAGCAGAAGGAAAUAAGCACGAACAGUUUCAAUUCGGUCGACUUGAGCGUUGCAGUGCAAGAUAUUGGCGAUGGCCUGAUCGAAGUUAUCGGAUUGGAAAAUUGCCUACAUAUGGGCCAAGUCAGGACCGGUUUGAGGGCAAGCGGCAGACGUUUAGCUCAAUGUUCUUCCAUCGUUAUCAAAACUAAGAAGACGUUCCCGAUGCAAAUAGACGGCGAACCGUGGAUGCAACCAGCAACAACUAUACGUAUCACACACAAAAAUCAAGUACCGAUGCUGAUGGCGCCGGCACCUGAGAAAGGCAAAGGUUUCUUCCGAUUUUUCAGAAGGUAGAAAAAUUAGUUUCUACUACCCCUAAGUGAUAUUAACAUCCCAUGUAUUCCUUCAAAAUUCUAGUCUUCUUAUUUUAAUUGGUUAGGAGCGACAAUAAGUUAAUUUGUUAUCAAUUUAUUUCCUAUUGGAAUUACAGGAGCAUAAACAUAAAAUAGGAAAUUCAGUAUUAUUUGUAUUUUUUAUUAAAUAACUGUAACUGUCUUAAACUUAUAACGUUGUUAGAAUUAUUAACAUGUGGCAUUGAUACAAACUAAUUGAAUUAAAAUAUACCUGCGAUGGAAUUGUUUUAAAAAAUUGUACCCUGUAGUUAAAACAAAAUAUUUAUCUAGGAUAAAUUUGUAUUGUCACAUGUUUUGAUUCAGUGAGUGAUGGUAGUGCACAUCCGACUUAACAACUUUACUUUAGAGAAUACCAUGAAUAUAUCUAGAAAAUCAUAGGGACCAUAUUGCUUGAACAGACUCCCGCCAAAAAGUACCUAUGCAUUAUUUACUUAGACUAUAGUUAAAGUACUACCUUUGUAUGUCAAACACUUUACCAUGUUAUUAAUAUAGAAUUAAGUUUAAUUAUAUUGAUGGUAUCGAGUGUGUAGUGGAAAAUUAAUUUAUUUAAGAAAACGUCUUAAACUACGAUGGUUAAAUAGAGUAUAGAUUGCGUAAUUUUGAUUAUAUCUACCAGUCUAUCCUAUAUUUAGUGAUCACCAAAUAUUUCUUACUAUUCCUCUAAUUAUAGGGUAUUUUAGAUUGAGUGUAAGGAAUUUAUUAUUUAUUUGUUAUAUUAAAAUGUAACGGCAUAAUACAGAGAGGGUAAACUCUUUGAUGACUAACUCGAUUGAGGACCUUGUAUUUACGAAUUUUUCUUACCACUUACAUAAUUCUACUUACUAUAUUUUCUAUAUAAUCAUAAUGAAAUUAAUAUUUUUAUCUUGGAAAUAGUAAUUUAUUAAAACGUGUAUCUUUAUAGCAUUAAUAGUGCUGUAUACAUCACUAUUAAUAUAGUAUUUCUGUAUAAACUAUGUUUACAGUUUAAUGUUUAAAAGCACAGAAAUGUGCACGUAUUUAUUUUGUUAUCUUAAUUUAGAUUAUUGUUUAACAGUUUCGCUGUUAAUAUGCUAAGUAAAUAUUAUUAUAUUAGGAAGUAUACACCUGUUGUGUUGAAACUAUAAAAUAUUUUUUUAAAAAAGACUGUCGAUAUUCUGUCAAAUAAAAUUUUUGGAUAAUUGUAUUUUCAACUUGCAUAUCUGAAUUAAUUCAAAUAAAAUUUUUCUAAUUAAUUAUCAAGCGGUUAUUGGGCUCCAAUAAUUUGUAUUUACAGAAUAAGACAGUCGUAAAUAUUCCUUAUAUCAAAGAUAGAACUGCCACGUAAGAGAAGUUGUGGGGAUGUUUUAACUUGCUGUUGAGCUUUAAUUGUAAUAUAAAACCGUGUAUAUUUUAGGAAUAAGUAAUUGUCUAUGCCUUGUUAAUAAAGUAUGGCUUUAAACGUCCAAAAAAUAUUCAAGUCGAAAAAAGUAAAAAUGCGAUUUAACUUCUAGUGAUACUAGCUACUUAUUUAAAAAUAUUUUAAUGGUAAACAUAGGGUAUUACUGUAUUUUGUAACUAAAUAACAUUUAUUUAAUGUUUGACAAACAUAUUUGGUCGUCUUGUUUAUAAGCCCUACAAGAAAAACAUUAAGGCAAUGAAAUUUAAAAUUAUUAUACCUUCCUUAUGUCUAGAUUUGAAAAAUUUUAUCAAAAAAAUAACUUACUAAAAUAGUAUAAUAUUUUUAUCAGUGAUUAUAAUAUAUUGUAAAAAGUUACUUAAAAAUUGGAUAGAUUAAAAAGAAAUUCCUCAUGCUUUACGUCCAUUUUAAAUAGAGAGUGACUUUCAAAUUACUGCAUUUAAUCUCAAUAUCUAAAUAUAUUAAUAUGCAUUUCAUAAAUAAACUCUUUAACAUUUACUGUGAUAUAAAUGAGUAAUUUGAUAAUAGAUGAUAAAAGACGAUAUUCAAAAAAAUUCCCACUUAACUGAACUUCUAUAAUUACAUAAGUGGUUGCAAAUUAGAUUCAAGCAUUUUCUGUCGUCAGUGUUUUUUGGGAAUUAGAACUGAACUUUGCUUAAAAGUAACUAAUUUCCCUGCACUAAACUGAACCAUAUAAUAUAAAGACUAACUGUGCUAAUUUUAGUAGGAUUACUUUGAUAUGCAAGUUAUACGACUUGCACGUGGCCCACACAUUGGCCAUAUGUGCGCAAAAUGUCUUAGGCUCUCGGAAUAAUCCCCGGUUUAUUCAUAAAAUAAAAAGAACUGCAGAGCUUGCAAUUCCUGUAUCAAUUGAUGUUUCAUUCAUUAUUUCAUCUUGUUUAGUUAGAAAACGUAUAUUUUAAUUAUGUAAAUAGUUUAAAUUAUUAAUAUAUUGAAAAUAUGUUGUAUAUUUAUGAAUAAAUUUUAUGUCUGA